GUACAAAAGAGAAAAAAACUAUCACCAAAAAAUUCACACUCGGUUUCACUUUGGUCACAUUUAUAAGUGAAAAGGAACAUUUUUUACUUUAAACUAGGAUAAAUAAAUGUUAAUCUAACAAUGAUUUUUGUUUUUCCGAACAUGCGAGUUGUUCAUGAAUGCAACAUUGCUAUUGAGUUAGCUUGACGUGCUCCUGAAACAGCUAGUCCUUACGUAUCUUUGAGAUUAUAAUCUGCAUUAUGUCCUUUAAAAGGGAAGGGGAUGACAAAAGUCAGCUCAAUAUUCUGAAGAAAAGGCGUGUGGCAGACCUUUUAUCUAAUUUUAUUCCAGAAGAUGAGGCUGCUCUUCUGAAAAAUGGAAGGUACACCUGCCUUGUUUGCUCCUACCGUCCAGUGUUUGAUACCGUCGAUAUGUUGACUGUCCACAGAAAAGGGAAGAAGCAUCUAGCAGGAUUGAAAGGAUACUAUGGCAAAAAAACUAAACUUAAGAAUGAAAUAGCAAAAAGGAAACAUGAAAACUACAUCCAGACUGAAGACAGACAACAGGAGCCCUCCAGCUCGGCGCCUUUGCUGGAACAAACACGGAAGCUCACCCAUCACGCUCUGCUGAAGACGGUGCCGUACAACAGCUGUCACAGAAAAAACAGUACAAAAUCUGAAAACGGGCAGCCGAGCUCCGGUCCUGCUCCUGCUGGGAACAAACCGUCACCUGACUGUCAGAAAGCCGAAGUUUCCACAAGCCGCUCCGCUGACAGUAAUGCAGAUUCACCGGACAACACAACAGGCCCUCCGGCUGCAGCGGGAGAGGCGUCUGAGCCCGUAACAGCCCAGCGGAGGAAGGAGCUGGAGCACUACCUCAAACUGAAGAGUGACGGAUGGUUGCAAGAUCGAAGCGGCCAGUGGGUGAAAGACACAAAUGUGGAGUUUGAUUCAGAUGAAGAGGAUCCUCCUUCACUGGCUGCUGUGUGAGAAAGGAGAAGGUCUGGUACCAGAGCGGGCCGUUGAGCCAGAACACCCUGUGUGAAACGGGUGGUUAACUUGUCAUUGGAUGGCAUUAUUUUCCUUGCCUUUUUUUCACUCUCCAUCCUCUCCGUCUGUGAGCAGAUUUGCUUUCACAACUGUAAGCCCGUUUUUUUCUAUCAGACGUGCCUCAGCUUUGAUACGGAUGCCAGCAAUGAUCACGGCCAUGUGAUGCAAGCUGACUGUGACAGAGAAUCUUUUUUUUUCUAAGACUCGAUGGGACCUCCAGACUGACAGAACAGCUGGAACACAAUUGCACAAACGCACAAUCUGGUCAUUUGGAAAGAAUUGGUGAGGAAACAACACAUUUCUUGACUAAUGUCUGGUCACAGAACAAAACUACUCUACAGCUGGAAAGAAUGAGUUCAUCACAUGGAAAGACUGAUGGAUCUUUAUGUUCACACAACUUCUUAGUUGUGUUU